AUGGUGGUUGUGGCACCGAAAGAUAAGGUGGGUGGAGAUUUGAAAGGGAAAGGAGGUGAGAAAGAGUUGCAUUUUAGGGGUGUACGGAAGAGGCCAUGGGGCAGAUACGCGGCGGAGAUCAGAGAUCCCCGGAAAAAGAGCCGCGUGUGGCUUGGUACUUUCGACACGGCGGAGGAUGCUGCCAAAGCCUACGACACCGCCGCCAGGGAGUUUCGCGGCACUAAGGCAAAAACUAAUUUCUUUUUACCUGAUGAAGAUGAUUUGAAGAUGAAAAAUAAUAACAAUAAUCGGAGUCCGAGUCAGAGCAGUACCGUGGAAUCCUCCAGUCGUGAGGGUUUUUCGCCGGCUCUCAUGGUAGACUCGCCGGCGCUGGAUCUCAACCUCGGCGGUGGAUUUGGCGGUGCUGUGAAGUUUCCGUUUCAGCCGUACCAGCAGUUACAUGUUUCUCCGAUAACCGGAGGUUUUCCUGGUACUACGCCACCCGCGGUAACUCAGAUGUUCUAUUUCGAUGCAAUUAUACGGCCUGGAAUGAUUAACCAAGCCUAUGAUCCUCACCGUCGGAUGCCAAAUUUCGAUCACUUCCACAGCAGUGCUGUCCGGAGCGAUUCGGAAGCGUCCUCGAUUGUUGAUUUGAACCGCAACGAUCUCAAGCCUCACAACAGUUUCCUCGAUAUAGAUCUCAACAAACCUCCACAGCCGGAGGAUGCCUGA